AAAAAUUUAACACUUAAAAAACUCCUGUCAACGAAUGAAUGCCUUCAAAGUACCCGUCAGUUAAACCCAAAAAAGAUACUCCCACUUUGUAGGGAAAAAGGUCACCUCGCUCCCACCUUGUAUCUUGGGAUUCUUGUACCCUGCCUACGAGAAUCCUAUGAAAUAACAUACGUAGUCGUCAUUGUCUCGAGGUCCACAGCCUUUCUUCCAUUGUUUCAGGUUUGCAGCGCAGAAGAAAGAAAACCGCAUAUCAUAUCAUUCCGGACAGAUUUAGGAGAUUAUAAUUGGGCUUAUCUGAUUCGUUUCAGGUUUUCUUUCUCUUCCCUAGUAGCAGAGUGUUUUCUUUCUUCGAUUACAUAUUCAAAUUUGCCCAAGAAUGUUGAGCACCAAGUAGAAUUAUGUGGAAGAUUCUUCCUGGGAUGGCUAAACCCACAAAUAGCGUAGCCGUAGUAGCUGGCGGAAACCAAUACCUUCAUGGCUACUGAAUCAGAAGUUCAGCCUAAUUUCCACCACAGAAGAUGGAACCACUGCAAACUUAAUAAAAAAAAGAAUCCCAAAUCGUCGAGAACUUUUCAAUGAUCACCCGUUAUCUCUUGCCACUGCCCAAACUAAAAUCUCCAGGAGUAGCUUAUCACGUCGGAUCUUGUCCACCAUUUCUUCAUCAGCUAAGCUACCAUCAUCGACGACCAGCCAAGCUACGGCCCAGCUUCUGGGCUCCUCCUCCUCUUCCUCGCAGUCGUCCCUGUGGACUGGCGAUUGCCUCCUCCGACUUUUGCCAAGUUUUUGGCCCAGGAGACGCCGUUGGAAUGACCCAAUCCGCAGCCUCCCCACCAACAACACGGUUGGGGUCCAAUCUCAUGACCCAUGGGGUCAAAUCCCCACCCUUGGCAUCAGCUUGUACGUAUGCAUCAGUAUACCAAUCGUCAGUGAUGAUUAAAACAAUUAUACCAUUGUUGUUUGUCGGGUUUCUAGCAUGGAUACUUCAGCCCAUCCGCCCUCCACCUCCUCGCAUCUGUGGCUCCCCCGGGGGUCCACCAAUCACAGGACCUAGAAUUAAACUUAGGGAUGGGAGACAUUUGGCUUAUAAGGAGCAUGGUGUUUCCAAAGAAUUGGCGAGGUACAAGGUUGUAUUGGUUCAUGGAUUUGGGUCUAGCAGGCAUGAGGCUGAAAUUGCGACAGCGGAGGCAGUUCAAGAACUUGGGAUCUACUUUGUAUCUUUUGAUAGACCGGGUUAUGGAGAAAGUGAUCCUGAUCCAAAGCGAUCUUUUAGAAGUCUAGCACUAGAUAUAGAGGAGCUUGCUGAUCAAUUGGAACUCAGAUCCAAAUUUUAUGUCAUUGGGUUUUCCAUGGGUGGACAAGUGGUUUGGGGUUGCCUCAAGUACAUCUCUCACCGGGUAGCCGGAGCAGCAUUGGUUUGUCCAGUGAUCAAUUACUGGUGGCCUGGCUUCCCGUCAAAUUUAUCGACUGAAGCAUACUAUCAACAGUUACCACAGGAUCAAUGGGCUCUUCGAGUUGCCCAUUACACCCCAUGGCUCACCUACUGGUGGAACACGCAGAAAUUGUUUCCAUCCUCCAGUGUCAUAUCCGGAAGGCCCAAGCUCUCUCGCCGAGACUUGGAAAUUAUAUCCAAGCUUGCAGAUAGACAAUCUCAAACGGAAUACGUAACACAACAAGGAGAAUUUGAAUCCUUCCAUAGGGACAUGAUAGUUGGAUUUGGCAAGGUUGAAUUUGAUCCUAUGGAUCUUAAGAACCCUUUUGCUGACGCCGAAGGCUCAGUUCACUUGUGGCACGGCGACGAAGAUGGCCUCGUGCCCGUUGUAUUGCAGCGUUACAUUGCUGAAAAGCUUCCUUGGAUUCGCUACCAUGAGAUACCGAACGCCGGGCAUUUGCUUGUGCUUGACAAUAAAGAGGCCAUCCUAAAAGAGCUUUUCACUGUCUGAUGUAAACAUCAAUUCGUCCUGGUUACAUUUAAUCCUCCAUUCUUUGGGACUACUAAUAAUGCUUUUUGCAAGUUUGUCCCAGUCCUGCAUGUGGCUGCAACACUAGUCUAUUAGUAUUAUAGAACUUUUUUGCCUGUCAAGUGAAAUUGUGCAGACAUCGCUUUCACUAAGUGGAAUUCGAGAACGAGUCUUCACAUUACUACGCUGCAUUCAAGAACUACAAUUCCUUUACACAUUUUGGUUUUGGAAUGAUGAAGC